GCAGCGUUUCACAAUGGCCAGGUUGAAUCUCUGCCUUAUGCUUCUGCUCUUGUGCUUGACCAGGGGCAGCCUGCAGGGAGGAGUGAAACCUCAAGUAAGUGGCCAGGGAGGAGUUUACCUUCCAUCUCUAAUAAGAGGUGCAGGAGGCAUACAGCCAGGAGCUGGAUUGGGGCCAACUGGAGCCAAAGCUGGAAAAUAUUCUGCCUAUGGGCCCCAAGGGCUGCCUGCAGGACUAGGAGUUCAAAAUGGAUUUGGGGCUCCACGAGGCUUUGGGGGCAAACCAGGGAAGCCAGGUUACAGAAUCCCAGCUGGAUAUGGAACCGGUUACAGAGGUGUUGGUUACCCCCGUCCUGAUCUCCACUUGGGAGGUCUUGGAGCAAGAGGCAAGCCUUCCAAAGCAGGAUAUUUGGGUGGUGGUGGAGCCGGAAGCUACCCAAGCAAUGGACUGCAGAAUGGAUAUGGCAAUGGUAAGAAAGCUACACGUGUUCUCACACAGGCGACACCUGCUAUGGAGCUGGAGGCAAUGGAUUUCCUCUUGCUGGAGCUCAGCCAGGUGGAAAUAGGGAUGGGUGGUGCCCAGAUUCCAUAUGGCAGUCAGCUAGGGGGCCCAGCUGGGGCUGCUGCUGCCGCUGCUGCUGCUGCCGCAGCCACCACCAAAUAUGGAGUUUGA